ACGUCAUCACAACAGUGAGACAGGGAGCAGCUCGAUCGUGGAAGUGACUCAGAUCCAGAUCCAGAUCCAGAUCCACAGAGAAACACCCGGAGAACAUGAUCCACCGCCGGCAGCAGAGCACCGUGUAACCCGCUCCAUCGCUCCGGACCCCGGCCUCUCUGUGUCAUCUCUCCCCGUGUCCCAGCACCCCCGAGGCGGCCAUGGUGAAGCAGUCGGACCGAGCCCCGCUGCUGGACUGGGAGGAGAUCCCCCCGCCGCCCGACCCCAGCCUGCCGGGCCCGCUGCAGCCGCCGCCCGGCACAGAGCACCCUCCGCCGGGGAAAAGUUCCCAGGCACCCGCUCCUGGGUGGGGCACCACAACGAAAAAAACCCGGGUCUGCAGCCCGACCAAGGCGGUCACAGCUGUGGUGGCCAGCGGGGACCGGAGCCCGGGCCGCCCGCUGCCGGAUCCCCGCGGGCCGGGCUGGGCUCGUCCGCAGCCUCUGGGAGCGGAUCGUCGUGCUCCCUUCCCCGGCCUCUCGGUGAGGGAUCAGUGGGAGGAGAAGGACCAGAUCGUGGCUGUGUUCGUGGUCACGUUCGAUACGAGAUCAGGGAACAUGGUGGAGUGGUGCCUGCCUCACGACAUCAACCUUGACGGAGUGGAAUUCAAGUCGAUGGCCAGCGGCUCUCACCGGAUCACCAGUGACUUCAUUUAUUUCCGUAAAGGCUGUUACUUCGGCCUGGCCUGCUUUGCCAACGUGCCUGUGGAGAGUGAGCUGGAGAGGGGGGCGAGGAUGAAGUCUGUGGGAAUUCUCUCUCCGUCCUACACGCUGCUCUACCGCUACAUGCACUUCCUGGAGAACCAAGUCCGACUCCAGUUGAAGUGUCCAGGCCAGUACUCUCCACUGGAGGCCUUCUACGAGGACAAGAAGGCCGUCCUUCCACCGGCAGGAAACGGUCUGGUCACCGCUUGUCCGACCUGGAGUGUCACCACCAUCAACCGCUGCAUGCACCCGGAAAUGAAGAUCACCCACCCUGCGGGCUGCAUGUCCCAGUUCAUCCAGUUCUUCGGGGAGCAGAUCAUGGUGCUGUGGAAGUUUGCGUUGCUGAGGAAACGUCUCCUCCUCUUCUCCCCUCCGCCUGUAGGUGUGGUCUGCUACAGGGUUUACUGCCUCUGCUGCCUGGCCAACGUGUCUCUACCUGGAGUCGGCGUCUCUGUGCCUGAGUUGCGUCCGUUCUUCUACAUCAACAUAGCCGACAUCCCCACACUGGAAACAGAGAUGUCAUACGUGGCCUGUACCACAGAGAAGAUCUUCGAGGAGAAGAAGGAUCUGUACGACGUCUACAUCGAUAACCAGAAUGUGAAAACACACAGGAGCCACUUGCAGCCGCUGCUCCGGCUGAACGCGGCGGACAAGGAGAAGUACAGGAAGCUGAACGAGCAGAGACAACUGCUGCUGUACUCGCAGGAGGUGGACGGAGACUGCACGUCUAACGAGGAGGAUCUUUUCAUCCUAUUCUUCAUGGAGCUGAACAACCGGAUCUUCCAGACGCUCUCCGAGGUGGCAGCGAGCUCGGACCCCACCCUGACCGCUGACCACGUGAGAGCCAUGGGGCUGGACCCCCAGUGUGACCGCUCCUUCCUGCUCGACCUGCUGGAGGUCUACGGUAUCGACGUCGCCCUGGUCAUAGACAACCUCUGUUGCUCCUGAGCCCCCCCCCCCUUAUCUUCCUCACUCAGCCUGGGAAUCUCAGGACGUCACUGGAUUAUCUGUGCCUUCCAGGCCCACACACACACCAAGACACUGAAGACACUGCCUCCACCCUGGGGCUUCAUCUGUCGCCUGCUGUACUCUGCUGGGUGUGUGUGUCCCCACCCCCCGUGUUUUUGACUCAUCUGACCUGUAGAGACCGUUUCCAGCCGGCGUGCGUAAAAAGGACACUUAGCGCUGGUGCGCCUGGUUCCCUUCUUCCAUCACUUCUGUGACUCCUCGUUUGCUCUUGACUGACUCAGAUUCCCAGCUCACGUGACCAGGCUUUAAGCACUGGAAAACAUAAACCUGUCUGGAUAAGGCCUAGUCAUCGCAGCAGGACACUCGGUCGCUCUCUGCUGCCCCCCCGUCAAGAAAGUGACACAUCCACAGUACUCCAGCUUCGGUCGUCACUCUUGCUUUCUCCGAAGAACACAUUCCUAUGAUUUGGACAAGUUUUUAGAGCUAGGGUUGAAUUUGUGUGCUUCAAAAACCUUUUGUUUUAAAUUCCUAGCCUCCGUGACGUGUGACAAAUUCAACGACGUCAGGUCCUCUGCUGUAAUACCAUACGUAGGUGUUCGAGAUAUGUUCCUUGCUCUUGUGAAGCUACUAUUUGAAAGCUUUGUGACCACUUAAUUUGCCUUUUCAAAAAAAAAGAAAGCAAUAGGAGUCUGUGUCGGCUGAAGGUAUCGGCCUUUUUUCAUGUAGAUUCAGCCACACAGUCGUUUGCUGAAAACCUCUUUUUCAUUAAUUAUAAUUACUCUGAAGGGAAAAGCUGUUAUAGAUACUUCCAUCACUUCGAUGCACCUUCAACACGACACGUCUCGGUUUGAUCCCAGUUUCAGUGAAAGCGUUGUUUUGUCCUGUGUUGUGUCUACUUUGUCUUACUUGCAAAAAGGACUGAUUAAUGAAUGUGACUCUAUAACACUUAACUUAUCAUGAAUGCUGCACCAUGUUCACCACUGGACUGUUUCCUGCUGCACACAGUGAUCGUGCUUAACUGUAAUGUGUGUGUUUUUUUUUAUUUAGAUGCUGUUUAUGAGCCAGCAAGUGGUUGUGUAGUCGAGGAUUAUUUUGUGUAUUUUUGUGCGUGUGUUGUUGCAAAACCGUAUCCUGGCUUUCACUGUACAAAGAGGCUAGUUCGAUAUCUCUAGUGAUGCCACUGAAUGAAGAGUCCUUGAUGGAGCCGUUUGGAGUUUCCUUGUUUGUCAGCCUCAAACAGCUCCCCCUCUUCUUGUCUGCAUUCAUGACAAAGACUCCUUUGUGGGGGUUGUUUUUUUUUUUUAGAUCUGCUAAUGUCAUGUUUAGGGCUGAGCUGGAGCUUUAACUCCUCCUCCACGGGUGCGUUCACAGAAAGGCCCCCGUCUGUUCCCGCUGAGGCUUCCUCUGGCUUCUUUUCAUCGCGGCCCCUUUCAGAGGCUCCAGCUCCAGAGACGGGCCAACUGUGUGUUUGUGAAGGCGGCUGGCAGACCUGGUUGUGUUCAUCCAUCUCAUUGUCAAUCAGAGUGAUGAUCUGUUCCACAUUGGAACACAGGAGGAUGAUGUCGAUGCCUCGUAUAUAUAUUUACGGUGCAGUGGUUCUCGACCUUCGCCAUUCCCUCCGCCAAGGUUACAUUUGUCUGUUUGGAAGGAACACAGGUCGGGGGACGGAUUCAGGAGUUUUAGUUGUAUAGUUUUAUCUCAAAUUUGGGAGAUAGGUGCAGUGUGCAAUUUUGUCUAGAUCCAAUUUUAAAGAAUGUGGAUCUAAUGAAUUUAAAGGGGACUGUUGGGCCUUGGCGGAGGUAGUGAUGACUUUGUACUGUGAGGAAGAACACUGGAGAAAAGCCUAAUUCUCAUUCUGACACAAAAGUAGUCCAAAAGUAUUUAGUUUUUUUUAAAUGUCACAUUCUAAACAGGCUCUUUCUGGGCCACAGGUUGAGAACUGCAACUUGUAUAGUCUGUACCUUGAUUUGAAACCCAAGUGAGUCAUGGUGUUUUACGAGUUGGCUAAAAAAAUGAACAAAGUGUUGUGUAUAUGAAAGAAAAGAACACUUUGUGCUUUGUUGUUUCAAUGGGGCCUUAAAGGACAUGUGACCUUCUCACGUCAAAGCAGCGAGCGACUCACUAACGUGCGUUCGUCAGCGUUAUUUGCUGAAAGAUUAAGUUUGUUGUUCCGAGCACCUCUGAAUGACCUUACUGUCUUCACUGGAACCUGUCACCUCUUGUUUGCUCGUCAGGAGACAUGUUUUCUUAUCUCCGACAGUGUUUGCUCUACAGGUGUACGUUUGAUGUAAAGAAGGAACGUACACAUUACAUUGCCACUGUAUAAAAUGCCUUCUGUGUGGAGUCGCUAUAGGUUUGUACAGCGCGUCACUACUGAUUGUCAGAGACAGCAGACGUAUUGCACACAUGCAGCAGCACAUCCAAAUAGUUGUAACCGUUUAUCUUCUCGAUUGUAACGUGAUUCAAAGUUUAUUCAAAGAAUAACGAGUAAGUCGUCACCUUUACUAAUGUGAAACCCUGUCAGUAAUAAUGUACACGUCAACUCAAUAGCAUGAGCAACUGUUAAUUUUACUGUACUGCCAUUGUAAGACAAUAAAACACUGAUACUGGUUAAGAGCUUUCUAA